UUUUGAUCAGAAGUAUCCAGAAUUCGCCGCUGAUAGUCGUAAUAUCCGUCUAUCAUUUGCUACUGAUGGGUUCAAUCCAUAUAGGACUAUGAAUGUUAGUUACAGUAUUUGGCCUGGCAUUUUGAUUCCAUUCAACUUUCCACCUUCAAUGUGCAUGAAGGAUUCAAAUUUCAUCUUGUCUGUGUUAAUUCCUGGUCGAUCCUCUGUUGGCAAUGAUAUGGAUGUCUAUUUUCAGCCACUUGUUUAUGAUCUACUAGAUAUGUUUGUUAAUGGCGUGAGAACCUAUGACGCUUCAAAGGGUGAAUACUUUCAAUUGCGUGCUGCAAUAAUUUGGACCAUCACUGAUUACCCGGGUCUAGGCAGCGUGUCUGGGUUUGUUACAUCUGGUGAGGCAGCGUGUCCUGAUUGCCACUCUUUGAUCUGUUCCCUUAGACUUGGAAAUGGUAGCAAGACUUGUUACAUGGGACACCGCAGGUUCUUGCAUCCAGACCAUCCAUUUAGAUUUGACACUCAUUCCUUCGGUGCCCAAACUGAGUUGAGACCAGCACCUCUUCCUCUGCCAGGAGAGCAAAUUUUGGAAUGCACUGAAAAUCUAGAAACAGUUUAUGGCAAGAAAUCAUCUGGUAAGGCAACAAGGAAAAAACGGAAGGAAGGGGAACCAUUAGUCUUUCUGAAAAGGAAACCUAUUUGGUUCCUUCUUCCAUAUUGGAAGGACUUGAUAUUUCGAUAUAAUUUUGAUGCCAUGCACAUUGAAAAAAAUGUGUGUGACAACAUAAUUAAUACUUUAUUGGACAUAGCUGGAAAAUCUAAGGAUAAUUUGAAUGCUCGCUUGGAUCUUAAAGUUUUAGGUAUUAGAGAUGACCUUCACCCGGUUGAGCUAGAAGAUAAUCAAUAUUAUUUACCUCCUGCACCCUACUCAAUGAGUCCUGGUGAGAAGAAACUAUUUUGUCGAGUGUUAAAAGGGGUGAAGUUUCCUGAUGGCUAUGCAGCUGAUAUACGCCAUAAUGUUAUUGUUAAGGAUAAAAAGAUAACUGGCCUUAACAGCCACGGUAGCCAUAUUCUUCUGCAAGACUUAUUGCCACUUGCCGUGAGAAGAGUUCUCCCUACUGAAGUGUGUGUUGUUUUGGUUCGUUUAAGCAACUUUUUCAAGAAACUGUAUUCCCCUAUUCUUCGAGUAAGUGACAUGCAGCUGCUACAAUCUGAAAUAGCUGAAAUCUUGAGCCUUUUAGAGACUAUUUUUCCUCCAUCAUUUUUCACUAUAAAUGUACAUUUGAUGGUACAUCUGCCUGUCCAAGCAAGAAUGGCUGGUCCAGUCCACUUUCGCAGCAUGUGGCCAGUGGAGAGGUAUCUUAAGAAAUUGAAAGGCUAUGUUCGUACCAAAAGUCAUCCGGAGGGAUCAAUUAUGGAGGGUUCUAUGUUUGAUGAAGCUCUCACUUUUUGCUCUCGGUAUUUACAAGAUGAGACUCACUUUAACCAAAGGGUUGGAAAUCAUGAUAGGCUGCAACCUGAAAUCAAUGUUACAACUCCGUUCUUUCACAAUGUUGGUCGAGCAUUGGCAGGAAAAUGCAUUGUAAAUCUAGAUUACAAGACCUGGCUUCAAGCACAUAGAUAUGUCCUUUUCAACUAUCCUAAUAUAGAACCAUACUUAAACAAGCAUGCUCUUUACCUCUCCACCAUUGGGGUUCGAAAUAAACGUGAGAUCACCUGCAUGCAUCAUAAAACCUUUCAUGAGUGGUUUAGAUUGCAUGUUGAGGAAAUGUGUGAGGAAGCUCCAGAGGAGAUCAAAAUUUUAGCUAAGGGGCCCAUGAUGAUCGCACAUCAGUAUAACAGCUAUACAAUAAACGGCUUCAACUUCCAUACACAAUCAUAUGAUGAGAAUAGGAAAAAUGGCAAGCGCAAGAGGAAACAAUAAGGGUGGCUCAUAUAAUGAGUAUGAGCAACAAAAGCUUGAAAAUAUUGAAAGGAACAAAAGGAGGUUAGAAGAAUUCAACAUCCCUGCAAUCAUCAACUCUUUGGGGCAGCAACAAAAUCGAUCUAGGAAAACUUCAAAGAAAGUUCAGAACAGAAAUACUGUAUCAACUGAACGUCCAAACUUGCGACCAAGACUACAAAGAAACAAUUGUCAGUUUGAUGAAGAACAUGUGCUUGCUAAUUUGGAGCCAGUAGGAGAUUUCCUUAGUAACAAUGAAGACCUACAGAUUGGUGACCAAAGCAAUGGUACAGUGAGAAAGAAAGGAAGGGGAAUAACGAAGAAAGAUGACAUAUUCUCAAGGACACCAGAUAUGCCUAAACUCAAAAUAUCUCUUAAUGAUUAUGGACAGCCAAUUGGUGAAAACGCUAGGCAACUUUCAAGUGUUAUAGGGUGUCAAGUUAGAAAGAAGAUAUCAAUUGCUUGUGUAGAUUGGAGGCUUGUUGAUGUUAAAAAGAAGUACGAGCUGUGGACUGAAAUAAAGUCAUACUUUGAUAUUGAUGACGCUGCCUUAAAUUGGGUUACACGCACUGCUGGGAGGAAAUGGAAAGAAUUUAAGGCAAAUAUCAAGGAGCUGUAUUUUGAUCCUGAGCUGACUAUAGAUGAUGUUGGGGAAUGUCCAGACAAAAGAAUUAGUGAUGAUGAUUGGAAAUUUCUCUAUAACUAUUGGAAGACUUCUGAAUUUCAGACUCUCUCGAAAGUGGGAAAAGCAAACCGGCAAAAACUGCAGCUGCACCAUACUACUGGAAGUGUGAGCUAUGCUUGCUCACAACAUAAAUUGGCUGUCAAACUAGGACGUCCCCCACGAAGAGAUGAAACUUUUAUCAAAACCCAUACAAGGAAAAAUGGUGUUCCUUCAACCUCUGCAGAGCCAAUAAUGGCGAAACUUAAAGAUCUUAUUGAAAUCUACCCAGACUUGAAAGAGCGGACAAUUCAGGAAGGUGAUGCAUAUGCUGUUCUUUGUGGACUGAAAGAGCCAAAAGGAUAUGUCCGUCUUAUGGGUCUAGGCCCGACUCCUCAAGAUGUUGGUACUCCAGGAUUAAAGUGUUAUGCACCAACAAGACUUCAAAUGGAGGUUAUGGCUCGAAAGAAAGCUGAAAGUGACAGGGAUGCUCUAGAGCAACGUGUUUUUGAGUUGCAGGCUCAAAUGGAGCAAAGGGCACAACAAGAUAGGGCAAGUCCCAUGUCACAACACGGUUCCACAUCACGUCUACAUUUGGAUGCAAGGUUGAAUGAAACUGGUGAUGCUGGACUAGAUGAAGGGGAGGAAGAUUAUGUUUCUGAAGAUGAUGUUGAUGACAACUUACAUGACCAGGUGCAUGGUUUAACCUCAUCAAGAACAACAGCACACAAAACAACCGCACCAAGGAGUAAUGAAACUUCUCGCUCUCAACAUGAUGCUCUUGUUGGAAAAGAUGUCAUAUUAUAUGCCUUGUUGAGAUCAGAUCAACCUGUGGCUAAAGGAACAAUAAUUUCAACUAAACCAAACACUAUUCUUGCGGGCCAGUCCCUUGGGAGACAAUGUUGUGAAGUUAUUGUGUCUUGUGUGUUGAAAAGAGAUGCACAUUUGCCUCGUCCCUAUGCCAAUAUGGAAACUAUGGGUGAUGCCAACAAGAUGUCAAUUGCAUGGCCAUACAAUAGACUAAAGAUUACCAACAAGGCAUCAACACCACCUGCAGUUUGAGGUAAUGCAUGGUGUAAAAAGCUAGCUACUUGAGGACAAGCUGACAUGCUUCGAGGACAAGCUGACAUGCUUCUUUUGGUUUCAAGUUCUUUUGUGGGCAACUUUGUAUCUAAUAGUCAUGCAAUGUUGCGCAGAUCGAAUAGGCAUGAUGGAAAGCUUUUGUAAUGUCUAACCCAUAUACUGUCUCUGAUGACCAAUUGGGUAUAUUUAGGAAUAUUUGUAGCUUAUGACUACAACUCAAUUGUGGAUGUUUAAGUGCUGCCGAUGAAUCUAUGAUUAUUUGAACCUUGUGACUCAUUCAAUCUA